AGGUUCAACCAUGGCUAAAUGCAGCCAAGAAGCGGGGCAUUUCCUUGCUGAGAUGUUCACCCUCCGCUCCGAAGGUUCGAGUGCGAAUGAAUGCAGGGAGCUCCACGUGGUCCCCUGCGCACGGAGUUGAGCCCUGAGCGAGUGAAGACAUCUCACGUGACCCAUACUGGUUGCUUCAUCAUCACCCGAAGACAGCAUGCUACUCGGGCAUCUUCAAAUUCACUUCGUUGCUUCCUUGCUUGCGGCUGGAGCUGUGUGCUUGGUCUCAGCGCGGAGGAACCUGUAUGAAAAGACUCCCGACACGUGCCGCAUGGAAACCCAGCAUUACCUGGAGCCGCACGUAUUCAGCAGGCUGACGUCUGCGCGUUGCUACAAGUACAUGCCAAGCCUGGCCUUCAAAAACGCCUCCAGGCUCACAUAUUGUGGCAAAGGUUCCCUCUGUCGGGGUGAUUGCGAAGGCGAGUGCUUCCAGCCCUACGGCAACGACAGCGAUGUUCAAGUCCUGGAGUCCUUCAAGAAAGGUCUCUAUGCUGACCGAUGGAAGAGCUGCUGUUUGGCGGCGCGCGAGUGCUGCCAGGAGAUGCUCGCCAACAACCAGGCCGGACAGAGCGCGGAAAAAGAUGGACUUCACUGUCCUGCAACGUGGGAUGGCUGGACGUGCUACAAGGACACUCCCGCGGGGACCACUGUACAGAAGCCGUGUCCUGCGCAUGCGUACUUCAUCACGGAGACGCCACAGUGCAUCAAAAUGUCGAAGAAAACCUGCUGGGAGAAUGGCACAUGGUUCUACAGUCAGGAGUACGAGAAGGAGUACACGUUCUACGACUGUGGCUCACUGGAGUACCACCGCUCCAUGACCAUCUUCUCAAUCGUUCUACACUCACUGUCCGUCAUCGUGCUGGUGCCCGCGAUAGCCAUCUUCUCUAUCUACAAGCAACUGCAAGUUCACCGCAUCUCCCUGCACAAGAACUUCUGCGUCGCCAUGGUGCUGUACGACAUUAGCGUCAUACUUGUGGACGCCGUUUUCAUACUGGACCACGUCAGCGAGGAGAAAAACAUACGAGUCAACGAGAACCCGAACCUGUGCAAGGUGUUGUACACCCUUUCACGAUAUUUCCGGUUGUGCCAGUACGCAUGGAUGUUCUGCGAAGGCUUCUACCUGCACAAGCUGAUCGCAUCCGCAUUCGCCGAGCAGAAGUCGCUGCUAGUCUUCUACGUCAUCGGCUGGGGUUGCCCCGCUAUUUUCGUCACCAUCAGCGCCGUCCUUCGAGCCGUGCGAAUCGGACACCCUUGCUGGAUGGACAACGUAGAAGGAUACAACUGGAUCACGCUGGCCCCGGGUCUCUUCUGCCUCUUUGCAAACUUCGUAUUUCUGUGCAACAUCAUCCGCGUCCUCGUCACCAAGCUUAGGAGCACCCAUGCAAACGAGCCUAGCCAGUUUCGGAAAGCCGUACGCGCCGUGCUGGUGUUGUUCCCUCUAUUCGGCAUGCACUUUCUGAUGACGGUGUACCGAAGUCCAGCCAACUGCGGAGCUUGGGAGAUCUACCAGUACAUCAGCAAAGCAUCCGAUGGUCUGCAGGGAUUCUUCGUAGCUGUGAUAUUCUGCUAUCUCAACGGAGAGGUGCUAUACCUGUUGAGGCGCUCGUACGGCCGCUACCGGCUACAGCGAGGGUUCUCAAGCAGGAGGGGCAACAGUCUGGCCAUGACGCGCAUGUCGGUGUCCACGCACGUCACCUCAGUCGGCGACUCGCUCAACCCCAACGGCUCCGUCAAAAAGGACAGCUGUCCACGUAACGGCGCACCCGAAGAAGAACCCUUGAACUGAAUUGAACCCUUCGAACGUCGAGUGCUGCAGCCAUCUUGUUUUCACCCUGCGGCAGCCAACUCCGCUAGCGCUCUAUAUACUUCGUGACAUUGCAACGUCCUUGUGUUAACGGACGCAUGGUGUCGUCUUUCUGGAGAACGCAUCAUCGGGGACAGAGUGCUACGUUUCUCCUUCAUCGAGUCAUUGAUACGUCGCUUUGAAGUUGCGCUGCGAUGGGAGUUACGUGAAACAAGAUGGAACGCCGCCACUUAGGAUGGAGGAUACGUAGAUGCUGAUGUGGCUGUUGUGUCUUGUAAGAGAACGCCGCGUCAUUCCUUCGUACCGAGUGCAUGGACAUGCUCCUUCACAGAUGUGCUUGGCAGGGACGUCGAUUGACGCCAAACACCGUGUUGUGAUUUAGUUUGUGCAGUGUGGUGGUGUUACUUCAGACGGGCGACGACUGCUGACUGCCGUACGGGACAUAGUGCGCGCAGUUUCGUGCGGAAUCAUUGUUGAUUCAGACAUGCGUGCCAAAGAGAGUUGUGUGUUUCUUUCGGACUCUCUUCCUUAACGUCCUUGUCUUGAGGUGCUCGUGGUUGUGCUGCCGGAGUGAAGAACGGUGUUCAUAGAGUCGAAGCAGUGAAUUCUCUCGCAUCUUUUCUUAAUCAAUGCGGACAUUUCUCGUGCCAAUCCCACACACACACACACACACAUAAAAAUGCGCUUAACGUUAUUCCAUCAAACGUGAAUGCAUAAUACGUCGAGGUCUCAAACAUUAAUUCCUUGUUGAUGACAAAUGAAUUGAACUGCGGGCAGAAAACGAAAGCCUCGCGUUCUGGGGGCAUCGGCAGUAUUGCGAACGCGCGUGUGACGUCGGGCGACUUGGUUUAAGCGUCCACGUGUAAUUAUGAGUAUUGUUAUUCAUAACUUGCUAAUAAUUACACGACACGCUGAGCCUGUGUUCUGUGAUGAACGUACGUCACCAGUGCACUGAGCGCAGUAAUACUGACAGCAGAACUCAGUGUGCAGGAGUUACGCAUGACCGCCUAGAUGUAAGUGACCACUUGUAAAUGUCUUCACCAUCUAUAUAUCUAGCAUAGUGACCACUGUUGGAAGGAGCUGACAAGGUUGAAGUCCUGAUAUGGUACUGUAAAGACGCUAGAACCGCAUUGUAGUCUAUGGAUUUCUCUGUGAGUUGACUGUGAGCCGAAGGCGCUCUGUGAACUUGGCGCCCCCGGGCGUAGUCAUUAAUCUAACGAAGUACGCACUUGUGUAGCAAAUGAAAAUUUUAAAACUCAAAAUGCAAUUUUCGCGCGCAUUUGGCUUGUUUUGUACAUAAUACAACUCUGUUAAGAAUAUCUCAUUGACAUCCUCCCUGAAAUGUGCUUUCAUUUUCCUUUUCCUGUACCGAAAUACGUCCCUAAAUAACCGAGCGUCGUUCAUGCAACGUCUUGCGGGAAGAGGUUGGCCGAAAUGAUGAGCACAUUAAGACAGGCCCGCACGUAUUAAACCAGCGGGAGUAUAAAAGACAAAAUAAACAAAACAUAGGAAUACGAGGAAAUUAUUAUGAACGCACUACUGUUCAUCUGUUCUCCCUUGGAUGUCUUUGUUUUAGAGACCGUUCUUCUGUGCCAUAAGAAACCCUUCAAAAUGUGCAAUCGUACGUGUGGUGGCUUAGAAUAUAGUAAUGAUGGAUACAUUUUUGAACAAGCCGCUAAACGCUGUGACCGAGCUCUGUCGCUGUUUAUUCACUCUCAUUCCGUGAAAGUACGCGCAGGUGCUGGAGAAAACCUCAUACUCUGAAGCGAAGAUAGCGCAAGAGAUCUUCAUGUAAGGAAACAGCACCUUAAUAAAGCGUUGCAGGCUUUCAUAAAGAGAGGGGGGGGGAGGGGAAACGAAAGGGAAAGGCAGGGAGGUUAACCAAGCUUUCACUCGGUUGGCUACCCUACAUGUGGAGAGGGGUAAACGCGGAAUAUAUAAGGUAGAGAAUGAAUGACAAAAGGAAGAAAAAGAAGAAAUGGGAGGCUUUCAUAGCGUUUCUGUAAGCAGAUCGGCAUUCUUAUAAUGUGUUUAUAUUUUAACUUCGGACCGAACACAAGCAUGCAAGGACAGUAGGGGUAUGUUCUUCAAAUGCCAGUUUCCUUCGUUUUUUUUAAGCGUGUCGCCAGCUACUGAGCUAACUGCAUGCGCUGAAGCCUGUGAAGAUAGCACUUUGAGAACUGUUGCUCUGUUGUACUGUAAGAUAUAUACAUAUUUUUUUAAAAUAUUGCCCAUGGCAGAUAGAACAAUCCUAUUCCUUGACCUCCAUUAGGCUACUUGAAGUGGGCGUUAUUCGCAAGCUAAUAAUAUAUACAAAAUUUAGUAAAUCAUAAAACCUAACACUACGUUGGCUCGUAUUACAAUUUACGAACUGUAAACAGCGAGUUGUUGCCGCCAGACUUCCUCGCUUUUCAUUCACUUCUCUAAAAAAUUGCCAAAGAAAUGUGUUGAGUUUAGUCA